GUGCUUCUGCCCGGGUGUGUGCGCGCGUGUUUAUUCGCUGGCCCGAGGAAAAGCGCGCGCCUGUGGCAGGAUGUGGAGAGACACUACCAUACACGACCGGAGUGCGACGCCAUGCCGCUAGAGCUCGCGCUUCCGUGCGAAACGCAGAUGUGUAGGUAGGUCACUUACUGAGACGUGGCAAGCGCUUGGCGCCGGGAAAAUGGCAACCGAAAGUUUGUAACAGUUGCGUAUUUAUUAAGUGAGUAAGUGAGAAUACUAGCCGCUCCCUAUUAGUCAAGGUCAGGCGAGGACGCUGCGUAGUUUUCCAAUCAGCCCAAAGUGAUUCAGUCCGCAGUCUCAGGAAGUGCAGGAACAGCGCGCGCGCUCAGUAAUGAGUGGAGAGUAGUUUUCCAGGUAGUGUGCACUUUAAUUAAGUUUAUUCUUUACGUAGUCUGUAUUUAGGCUAAACAUCGUUUUAUAUCGCUUAGUGGAAGUUUAUCUUACGGAUUGUAAAUGAGUGCCACGGUAAAUGGAGCAGCAGCACGAGCCCAGAGUCCGGACCCGACUCCGGACCCGACUCCUUCUCCGUCAGGAACCAAACCGGAGCCACUGGCAGACCUGGAGCCGAGCAGCGAGCCUCCGACUGUCGUCGAAGAUGCCAAAAACACUGGACUUAAAUUCGCCAAGACGUUCCUGCUGGUUUUCCCGGUGUAUGUGUUGGGUUAUCUAGGGUUCAGUUUCAGUUGGAUCCUCAUCUCACUGGCCGUGCUGUUUUGGCUCAGACGGAACCAGGGAGCGAGGAUUUCAGGAGUAAACAAAGCACUGGCCUUUUUCCAGCACAAGGAGACGGCAGUAAAACAGAGUUUUCCAACUUCCGAGCUGCCGCCCUGGGUUCAUUUUCCUGAUGUGGAGAGAGUGGAAUGGCUCAAUAAGACAGUUCAUCAGAUGUGGCCAUAUAUUUGUCAGUUUGUUGACAAGCUCUUCCGUGACACCAUCGAGCCAGCCAUCAAAGGAGCCAAUGCGCACCUCAGCUCUUUCUGCUUCUCCAAGAUUGACAUGGGGGACAAGGCCCUGAGAGUGAAUGGAGUGAAGGUUUACACUGAGAAUGUAGACAAACGACAGAUUAUCAUGGACCUACAAAUCAGCUUUGUUGGGAACACAGAGAUCGAUGUGGAGAUUAAGAAAUACUACUGCCGAGCAGGCAUCAACAGCAUCCAGCUGCAUGGGGUGUUGAGAGUCAUGAUGGAGCCGUUGCUAGGAGACAUGCCUCUGAUUGGAGCACUAUCUGUUUUCUUCCUUAAAAAACCUCUGUUGGAUAUUAACUGGACAGGUCUGACUAACAUACUCGACAUCCCAGGACUGAAUGGACUGUGUGAUGGUGUGAUUGAGGACAUUAUUUGCAGUAACUUGGUGCUUCCCCAGAAAAUCACCAUUCCACUGGUGGGAGAAGCACAACUGGCCCAGUUACGUUUCCCAUUGCCAAAGGGAGUUUUACGGGUUUAUUUUAUGGAAGCCCAGGAUCUGUUGGCUAAAGACACAUAUCUGGGUGGUCUGAUCAAAGGGAAGUCUGAUCCAUACGGGGUCAUAAAGAUUGGCAAUCAGCUCUUCCAGAGCAAGGUCAUCAAGGACUGCCUGAAUCCCAAAUGGUUUGAAGUAUAUGAGGCAUUGGUGUAUGAGCAGCCGGGACAGACUUUGGAAAUUGAGCUGUUUGAUGAAGACCCUGAUGAAGAUGACUUCCUCGGCAGGCUUGUGAUUGACCUGAAUGAGUUUCAGAAGGAGCAGAAAGUUGAUGAGUGGUUUGUGCUGGAGGAGGUGGCAGCAGGAAAACUACACUUAAAGCUAGAGUGGCUCUCACCCCUUGCCACACCAGAGAAGCUGGACCAGGUGUUGGGCAGUAUUAGGGCAGAUAAAGGCCAGGCAAAUGAUGGUCUCUCCUCAGCACUACUCCUUGUACACCUGGACUCAGCCAAGAACCUGCCUAGUGUGUUUGAAGGCAAUCUUUCCAGUGGCUGUCUGAAGGAGCGUCGCUCUGCUGGGUUUGUGUUCUGUGAGAACACAGCUACACUAUACAGGACUCUGUUUUCUGCGAAGAAAGUCACCAGUGAUCCCAGUCCCUGGGUCCAGUUUAAAGUUGGACACACAGUUUUUGAGAGUAAGACACGUUAUAAAACCAAUGAGCCUGUUUGGGAGGAGGCUUUCACAUUCCUAAUACAUAACCCAAGGAAUCAGGACCUAGAAGUGGAGGUAAAGGAUGAGAGGCACGAGUGUACGCUGGGGAAUUUUACUCUCCCUUUGACUCGGCUGCUGCAGGCUGAGCAGAUGACCCUUAGUCAGAGAUUUCCACUGAAGAGUGCAGGACCCAGUGCUACUCUCAAAAUGAAGAUUGCUCUAAGGGUUCUUAGUUUGGAGAAGUUGUCGGUUUCAGACCAGCCGUCAUCUGUGCAGAUUCGCAAUCGAAGUUCCAGUGUCAUUCCAAGUGCAUCAAAUUCCAGUCUUGCUCAAAAUGCCUCAAGCUUGAAGAACACCCCCAAAACCUCAGGUUCUGGUGUCAGCUCCAAGCCUUCUUCACAGCUCCCACUUGUUUCUGAACAUCAGUCUGCCCAUGACCUCCAAGGGUUGAGUGAGUCCGUCUCUACUACCCCAUUAGAGGACUCGCCAGUUCGUCUAGCAGAUAGAGGCAGGAGUACAUCUAACUUGGCAAUUUCAGGCUCUCAGAUGAACCUGAACAACAAAGAGCCAACACCAAGCAUUGCCUCUGACAUCUCCCAUCCAUACGCUUCCCAAGAGCUACAGCACAGACUUAAAGAACUUCAGAAUGGUUCCACUUCUGGUUAUUUUCCCCUGGGAGAGAUUGAGCUGACAGUAAGACACAGCUCCCAACGGAACAAACUUAUAGUAGUGGUACACAGCUGCAGGAAUCUGAUAUCAUUCACAGACAGCGGCUCUGACCCCUAUGUGCGUUUGUAUCUGCUUCCUGAUAAGCGGCGAUCUGGACGUAGAAAAACACACACGAUCAAGAAAAACCUCAACCCAGUCUACGACCAAACAUUUGAGUUCAGUGUGUCACUGGUGGAGUUGCACAGGAGAACUUUGGAUGUAGCAGUGAAAAAUGGAGGAGGACUUCUGUCUAAACACAAGGGUCUUCUGGGCAAGGUGAUGGUGGAUUUGACAUCAGAGGAAAUAUCAAAAGGCUGGACACAAUGGCAUGAACUGAGUGAUGGACUGAGGAAACCAUCUGUUUAAUCAGAACACUCAGUUUCCUUCUGCUGGCCAAAAAUCAGGACUUCCUGCAGGGAAUCCCUGCCCAGACUACAAAUGUCAGCCAUGUUUAAGUGUUUUAAUUUUAGUGGAUGGACAUUAGAAUUAUAAUUUUGUGUGUGUGUGUGUGUGUGUGUGUGUGUGUGUGUGUGUGUGUGUGUGUGUGUGUGUGUGUGUAAAAUAUGUAAAAUGUUCAUUUUAAUCAAGAUCAUUUUUAGUUAGAUUGUUUGCCAAAAGAAUAUAAUGCUUUGGAUAUGAUUUAACAUGCAGCUGCUGAGUUUGCUUUAUGGUCUCAUGGUUUAAUUUGUGCAAUAGUAAGGUGUGUGUGUGUGUGUGUGUGUGUGUGUGUGUGUGUGUGUGUGUGUGAGAGAGAGAGAGAGAGAGAGAGAGAGAGAGAGAGAGAGAGAGAGAGAUUCAGUAAUGGAAAAUGAAAAAAAUUACAAGUCAAAUAAACAUACAGAAUGACAUUUUUACCAGAUGACCCAGGAAGGUGUGUGUAUAUAUAUUCAUGCAUACUGUAAGUGUGUUUAGUCCUAAACUAGUUAUGUUUCUAUACUGUGUACUAGUAUGACAUUUUGCACUUGCGAAUGUGUUUGUUUGGGUUUGGGGAGAGUGAUGGGAAUUUACAUGUUACACAAAGUUGUUUUUUUAAUAGCUACCAUGAUGUAUAUGCUCACUGCUCAUUUGAAAAUACCUUUAGAAAAUACUGUAAGGCUGUAUAGAUGCAAUCCAAAGCAUAGUCUCUCCUGCUGGUUACUGCUGUCCCUUUAAGUCCUCUGAACCGAAUUUGUAGACCGGGCCCACAUUAAAAAAAUUUUGUUUGUUUUUAUCAGUAAGGCGAUUCGUUAGUAAGUAAUAAUGAGUAGAGUGCACUAAUAGUUAAAUGCUGUAUGUUUGUUUAUAUAUGUUUAUAUUUAUAUAUAUAUAAUAUAUAUUUUAUUUAUAUAUAUAUAUUUUAUUUAUAUAUAUAUAUAUAUAUAUAUAUAUAUAUAUAUAUAUAUAUAUAUAUAUAUAUAUAUAUAUAUAUAUAUAUAUACACACACACACAUUUUCUCCAUGUGCCUUAACCCUGCUUGGGUGUAUCAAGUGCAACUGCAUGCACCUGCAAAUUUGUGACAUCACAACACACAUUCAUGUAAUAAAUAUUGUUGCAAGCCAUAUUGUUAACAAUAAUUAAGUAGUCUAUAAAUUAGGCAACACUUGAGCUCAUCAGAUGCAUGGUUUUCCCAUCUCCCAGUAUGUAGGCAAAACAACACUGUGGCCCACCUAAACUGAAAGAUACAAGGUCAGGGGCAGUGCUAUUUUGUCAAUUUCAUGAUAUUGUUUAUACGAACCAAAUAUAUCACUACUCAUGGACUCAUUAGCACAGAAAUUAGCAUUAACAGUUAGUUAGAAAGCUAGAAGCAAAUCACCCAACUUUAGCCAAAUUCUGCAGAGAGGUGGCUCUUACUCUGAAGCAUCAUUGAGAGACAGAGACUCAAUAAACUUAAAACCAUUGUAAA